CCGGGCCUGACCUGGGUGGCUCUCCUGGAGACCGCUGCUCCCCACCACACCGGGACGGGCUCGGCCCCGGCAGCUCCCCGUCGGCCACCAGCCCUGGGUGUUAGGCGCUCCCAGCCCGAGGCCAGCUAGCGCCGCUGCUGGCGAGCGGGACUCCAAACCCCGCUCCUAGCGGGCGAGCUCUCUUUGUUUUGGGUCUGUGCAGCACUUGGCCCGCGACUGGGGCUCCCGGCGCUGGGGUCAGGCCACAAUGCGCUGCCGGGGCCUGCUCGGCAUGGCGGCGCGUAUGCAGCCUUCGGUGUGUCUGAGCGUCCCUUGUUUACGGGCGCUACUGUUGUUAGGCCUUCUCUGUGUCGCCCAUGGCGCCCGCAGCCUGCUCACACUGCAGGGUGGGGAACACGCCCUCUGGCCAUCGGGAGACGCGCACACACAUUGCAGCCCCAGGCACUCUUCCAGUGUGUGGCUUGUUGCCCCAUCCUAUUGCCCUCCUGUAUGUCUCGUUUCUGUGGCGACUCAAAGAAAGAGGACUCCUGCGAGGUGCUGGACCUGGCAGAGUACACCAAGAAUCAGCCCUGGUGGCGCAAGCUCUUCGGGCGGGGCUCUGGCUCAAGUGCUGAAAAAUACAAUGUAGCAACUCAGCUGGUGAUUGGAGGAGUCACUGGAUGGUGUACUGGCUUCAUCUUUCAGAAGGUUGGAAAGCUGGCAGCAACAGCAGUGGGUGGUGGCUUUUUCCUACUUCAGAUUGCGAACCACACGGGAUACAUCAAAGUGGACUGGAAGCUAGUAGAGCAGGACGUGAGCAAAGCCAAGGAGCAGCUGAAAUAUCACAGCAGUGGCAGCAAACUGUCCCCAGAAGUUAAAAGCAGAGUUGAUGAGGUGAUAACAUUUGUGAAGAAGAACGUUAUCCUGACUGGAGGGUUUGCUGGGGGAUUCCUGCUUGGAAUGUCUUCAUAGAAACUACACAGAACUGACAACUCUGUCCCUUCUCACCCCUUCCCACUUGAUAAACAGUGGGUUGUGCUGACAGACUCUGCUUCCUCGGGUCCUCCUGGGUUCAAGCCCCCCACUUCCUGCAACACUGCCGCUAACUUUCCUCCCUUUCCUUUACCUGAUUUCUGUUGGAGCUGGAAUCAAUCUAGAGAAUUGUGACCCUCAGCGUCUGUUUGUCGAUCUGACUCCCUAUCCCACUCAAAAUGCCUCUCUGCAGUUUUCAGGGUCAGUUGGAACCCCAUGAACAGCCUGCAAGAGAGAGAUCUGAGAACAGGCCCACUGCUGUGCUGCACAAGACUGACCAAUAUAAGCUCUCCUUCCAGUGCACACAAGGUUCGUCAAGUUCUGUGUGCUCCUAGUUAUCUUGUAUUCUCUCUUCUCCGGUAAUAGGAAAGCCCAUACUUUCUCCAGGAAAAUGGUAUUUUCAUGGCUAUCCGUGGAUGGAGGCAGAAUUGUCAGAGGCGGUCUUAGAACAUGCUCAGAAAUGGACUGUUUGGGGAAACAACUAAUUCCGCAGUGGGUGGUGGCAGAGUGAGUACAUGGCAGAAAUACUAUUGGAGAUCUGUUCUUCUGCCUUCACUACUCCCUAGACUCUUGCCAUUAUGUUUCACACAGAUGAUCACUUAUCUGUGGUAUUUAUAUAUCCCCUUAAUGGAAUUGCAGCAUUGGCACUGCCAAUAGAAAUUGUGAGUGGUGCAUAUCACUAUCCCAGAUCCUUUCUUGUCAUAGGUUUUGAAAGUCAUUGGGCAUCCCACCAUUGAGAAGAUAUUCUCCUCUCUCACUCUCUAGCUGGUGUCUCAGCGAAUGAACUUUAACAUGCACUGAGGCUGUAUGUCUGGCAGAAAAUCUGCCUGAAAUGUCUGUGCAUAUGACUGAAACCUGCACUACCAGCCCAUCCAGUCCGGCAUGCAUUUCCAUAGUGACAAUAACUGUAAUUUAUCCCUGGCGUCAUAUCAGCAUUUCUGACACUAAAACCUUUUUCUCUGGCUAGUAUGGAAUUGCAGCUACCUGUAGGUAUCUGGUGCACAUGGGGCAGGCUUUCUGGAAAGUAGUGCCCUGGGCAGAUGAAAGUGGGUGGGAUUCUUCUCUGUAUGAUACAGCCUGGGAUAUGAUGUCCUGGAGCAGGAUUCCAGUUUGAGUGCAGACAACAACUGUUCGGGAUUCACACUCUGACUAGGAUUGCUUUGAAUCCAGAAGGCCAUUUCUGUCCCUUUGCAGAGCAGAUUCCAUCCGCCCUCAGCGAAAGGCUGAAUCUUCCAGGCAGUCCCCCAUCCAGCUGCACCUUAAAAUCCCUGGUGAUUACCUUCCUGCCUGUCAUAUGUGCCUUUACUGAGCAGUAGGUGACAUAUGCUCUUAUAGUCAUGAGAUCCUGUGUUUAAAUAGCUACUGGGCAUGUGAGGGGAGCCAGUCCCAUACAUUCCUUCUCCAAACAGAGACUGGCACUUCAGUGCCAUAGACAAAGGAGCAGGUAUCCCAGAACCGCUCCAUCUGCCUGCCCCUUCCUGUAAAAAAUGAUAGCAUUCUUACCAUCUUAUCUCUUUGGAAGCUGGACAGUGGGUCAUGGGAAAUGCAAGAGCACUCUCUAUGCUGCUGUCAGUCUGGGUUAACUCUCCCCCUUCCUCCUCUCCAUUGGCUUCUCCCAUUCAUGCAAAAACAAGCAUCUGUGUCCAGUUCUUUCAGUUUGUUUAAUUCCUGCACCUGCAGACCCAUCACUGGGCUAUAACAUGGAGAUGGGUUCUGCUAGGCUUGGAAAGGCAGGUUAACUGUUACUCAGUCCUGAGCAUCUCUAGCCUUCAAGAAAAAUGUAAAAAUAACAGAGAUCCGUUCAGUAUUGCCUAGUACUGGGGCUUUGCUUAUCUCCCUGCUCAGAUGUAGUUUGAAAAGGAAGGAGGUCUAGCUGGUGAUAAGCACGUUCUUGUUGAAGGUUGGUUCCGUUCCCCCCUCUGAAAUCAUGUCCUAGAAUUGUGUUGAACUCCAGGAGCUCGUUGUGUGCAUGGCUGGACGCUGUUCAGAAUAUAGUGUCCAUGGCACAAGGAUGCACUUUAUCUAUUAUGCUGCAGUAAUUCCAUGUUUACAGUGUUUAGUGGCUUGACCUGACUGGAAGCAAGGGAUGUACCCAAAAGAAUGCCAGGAGCCCUGAAUACUGUCCUGUCCUGUUAGAGCUGUGGCAGCUUGGCAACUGCAGCUGUUUUCAGGAGAGCCCCUGACAUUUAAUCUGUGCUAACUUUAUUUUGCCUUGUCUGUCCCCUAUCAUAUACAGAGUUUAGAAAGUCAGUCACAUCACUUCAGCUUUUCUUUUCUUCCUGAUCCUAUAGUAGAAUAUGCCUUUAGAUGGUCAGAAUCUUUGCUGUCUUGCAUUCUCUGGCUGUCUACAGCAGGGCAGGAGAAAUUGGGCUUAUAGCAUGUCAAAUGCUACAAGAAUUGUGCAGUGAUGUAGGUGCACGAUAACUUGGUUAGGGAGUGGGGCGGCUAGCUGCUGUGUAGGAAGAAAUUCUGUACAGCAGAAUGAUCUUGAUGAAUUUAUAAAAACAUCUUGCUGGAACUCUCCUGUUCAAAUAGGAAAAUAGUGUACCUACACCUCUGCCUGGUGUACUAGCUAACAAAGCUUUUUAUUCAGACUUUACUCUUCCAGCCUCCCUCCAAAGACAAUGCUGAGUGGAAAUGACCCUCCCCCUUUUCCCUUGGGAGUGACAGUUUUGGGAUAACAGUUAUAACUUGACCAAAACAUUUGGCCUGGUACCUCUCUCUCUCAUUAGCCUGAUAAUCUGCUGGAAACUUAGCGGUGAGUUCUGCUCAUGUGGGUAUAAAAACUGGGCCACAGUCUCUUGACUUCAGUGUUCUACUUUCCAGCUGCCGUUAUAUUCCUCUUCAUGCAUGGAGAGACUGCUGUGUAUGCAAAGGCACUGCUGGUGCUAUGUUGCUGUAGCCUUAGAAGCAAGCAACUUGCCACCAGACCUCAGGGCUGUUCCUACAACUUCCUGCUAACCGAUGCCAGUUAAUGAGCCCAAAUUCUGGGCAUAAGGCUCAUUAGUCUAAUGAGGAAUAUAUUGGGAGCCCACUCUGAGGCAUUUGGAAAUAGCUAUUGUUUGUCUAGACUAUUAUAAAUUGGUGCCAUGGAGCUAAGCAACUGCAAGAAAGAGCUAAAACUUAACUUUUCAAAGCUGUUGCUGGAAGAGAGAUCAAACAAACAGUUUAAGUACAGCCACAGUAGUUUCUGAUCUGAAGACGUGGAGGGAGAGAGGAAAAGCAUGGGGCAUCCCUGUGUUAUUACCAUGGAAAGUGUAACACUGCCAAACUGGAGCUUCCUUGGUACUUCUCAUGAAGUUCUGUAAGCAGCUAAGAUAGUUUGUCCUGGCAAACGUGAUUUUUGUAUAUAGAAUGGAAAUCGCAUACAAUUUUUGAUCAUGUCAUGGGUGCCAAGAUGAAAUCUUAAUCCCCCUUCUGUUUUGUUUCAACAAUCUCUAGCACCCAUACCAGGAAGUUGUGGUUUAAAAAUAAGUAGACUUUUAAGAUAUUUUUGUACAUUGUAUGUAGAUGCUUGUUGAAGUGGUAUCUUAUUAAACUGUUGCUCUAAUCACUUAUUUUUCGGGGGUCUGUUUUGGGAACAGGCAUCACUUCUGCCACUCCCUGCACUGCAAACACUCUGUUCAUAGUAGCCUAGAGAAGGCAGGAGCAGUAUCCAGUACUGUAACUGAAGGAGCAGUUGCUGUAAUUCUGGGGGAGACACAACUGGGACUAAAGCCAAGAUCAUCAGAUAUUUAAGGGCCUACCUCCUGUUGAAAUCAAUGAAUUAAGCUCCUAAAUACCUGUGGGGAACUGGGAGUUUUCCUCAGCUAUGCACUCCAUGUAACCGUACUUCAGUCAGACCUUGCAUAGGAUACUAGCCUAUUGUGCAGGUGCCAGUCACAAGGCAGAUUUGUGGGAGAGCUGGGCCCUACCUGAGUGCUUUUAAUUCACAUUGGCUGCUAAGCUCUAAUAAGCUGCCUUUUGUGUAGCCAAGCUGAGAGUCUUAUGUGAGCAUGUUGGUGGCAGUCAUGUGAAUUCAUGCAUUUCUCGGGGGCUGGGUAAAUGUGGAUCUCUAAGAUAAUCAUUCCCUUAGAUAACCCUGGCUUAUCUAUGUUAGUGUUGAUCCUUUCCCCAAUGAGGCAGUUGGUGCAAUCUCAUUCAGCAUGUGCCUGAGGGGUCUUGGAUUUCCCUAACUAUUUUACCCUCUAGGGUAAGAAAUCAAUGACACCUCUGCAAGCUCAUGCUGUAAGCGCCUCCCUACUAAACAAAUGUCAAACUCCAUCUAGUCAAGCAAACAGAAGGGAACACAAAAGUAACUCUUGUCCUAAGGUUUCUGUAUUGGACACAGUGAAAGGAAACUAAGCAGUCAUGGGAUUAGAGAGAAGGUCCUCUGGCAGAUCAUUAACUGCUUGAAUGAUAGGAAUUGAAGGGUAGGAAUAAAUGGUCAGUUUUUACAAUGGAGAGGUGAACAGCAGGAUUCUCCUACAAUCUGGGCUGCUCAACACAUUCAAUGAUCUAGAAAGGGGAGUGAACAAGAAGUGGCAGAGUUUGCAAAUGAUUACAAAAUUACUUAGGAUAGCUAAGGCCAAAGCAGAUGGCAAGGAGUUACAAAGGGAUCUCACAAAACUGGCAGAUGAAUUUUUAUGUUAAUACAAAGUAAUGCACGGUGGGGAAAAAUAAUCCCACCUAUAGAUACAUGAUGGGUUCUAAAUUACUAUUACCGUCUAAAAAAGAGAUCUAGGUGGCACCUGUCAUAACUAGAAAGGGAAGGGUAACAACCUUCCUAUAUACAAUACUACAAAAUUCUUUUACCUGUAAAGGGUUAAGAAGCAGGUAACCUGGCUGACACCUGACCCAAAGGACCAAUAAGGGGACAAGAUACUUUCAAAUCUGAGGGGGGGGAGGCUUUUGUUUUUGUGCUCUUUUGUUUUGGUGGUGUUUGCUCUUAGGACUAAGAGGGACCGGACAUCAAUCCAUAUUCUCCAAAUCUUUCUGCACAAGUCUUUCAUAUUUCAAACUUGUAAGUAACAGCCAGGCAAGUCAUAUUAGUUUUAUCUUUGUUUUCUCAACUUGUAAAUGUUCCUUUUGCUAGAGGGUUUACCUCUGGUUGCUGUAACUUUGAACCUAAGGCUAGAGGGGUUUCCUCUGGGCUCUUUGAAUCUGAUUACCCUGUAAAGUUAUUUUCCAUCCUGAUUUUACAGAGAAUUUUUACCUUUUAAUAAAAUUCUUCUAUUAAGAACCUAA